AUGCGAAAUUAUAAGGAAUCUGGUCGAACAACAUCAAAUACUUCGAAUCGUAAUAUUUCGAAGAUUAAUCCGGAACGACGGUUAUCAACCGGCACACUUAAUCGAUUAAUUCUCGUUGCACAAGCGCUAGAAUCGGAAGUGCAAUAUCGUCAACACGUUAAUAUAAAUGGAAAACGAAUUGUUAUUGUAUUACGAACCAUUAAUUUGUUGUUGCUAUUUACAAUUGAUGCAUUAAUUUUGAGCGGUGUUGGACAAUACUAUUCAAAUUUGGGUGGUAAACGAUCAUUGAUGUUAACACCGGAUGAAUGGUACUAUAAUAUUUAUUCGAAAUUACCGAUAACAUUUAGUGAAAUGCGCUUAAAUGGACAAUAUUUUGCUACAGCAAUUACAACAAUCAUAUUGAUAAUAACGAUUAUUUCACAUAUCAUACAACUAUAUUGGUGCAAAUAUUCUCGUUUAUUGGUAAAAUUUUUAGAAAUAUUUUUUUAA